AUGGCUCGCGCAUUCUGUCUUCCAGGAAUUUUCUUCCUUGUUGCUGCACUUGUGCUCCAGAUCUUGGUAUCCAUAUCUCUGCGCUAUGUUCCAGCGCUGGAUAUUGCACGCACGCACUUUUCAGGGGCUGCUAGUGCAGGCUCCUCUCAGGCUGUGAACGAACUCCGGGCUGGGGUUUGGUCCUAUUGUUACAGAGUAGAGCAAAGCGGGGAUUUUGCAUGUAGCCCAGCCCGUCAUGGCUAUUCCUUAACCAUGUCAUCGAGCGGGGGUGACGAAGAGCGCAUUGGCGCCUCUUGGACUCGUGGGUUGAUUCUCCACCCCAUUUCUGCCGCAAUCAUCUUCGUUGCAUUGUUAUUGAGCCUCUCACAACACCUUACUGUGACCUUAUUUGCGUCACUUGCCUCAUUCCUCGCGGCAUUCUUCGUCCUCAUUGCAUUUUUAUGUGACAUUGCACUUUUCGCAUACCUCAGGCGUCGUGCGUCGAAGCUCGACAAUGUUAUUGCGUCAACCAAGCCUGGGCCCGGAUUCUGGAUGACGCUCGCAUCUUUUAUUGUAUUACUCUUCGCAGGGUGCACCGUCUGCCUUGGUCGUCGUCAUGACCGCCGUAGCGCCGCAGGAACUGGUCUCGCUACUACCAGCGAUGCCUAUGCAGCCAACGCUGCCGAGGCUCGACCAUGGUACAAGCGCUUUGGCCGCAAGUACUGA